AUGAGAGGAAAAAAAGCAAGCAAAGCGCGGUCAAAACCCUAGACUCUAAACACGGAGUCCAUAGAGAAAGGGAAAGCAAAGCAAAUCUGCAAAAAUAUCUUUACUCAUAAUUUAUCGUCUUUGUUCUGUGGCUUUGUCCUGGUGAAACUUCUUCUUUCCCCUUAAUCCUUCGAUUCGCGAAGGUAACAAUUCUGUCAUCACAAUGGCUGGUCAGAGGAAUAGUUACGGAAAGCGUUCUCAUUCUCAGUCAGAUUAUGCGGAUAAUGGAGGAAGUAAAAGGAGAAAUCCUGGCGAGGACAGAGACCAAUUUGUCAUAAAUCAAGAAGAUACUGUAUAUCGGUAUUUGUGCCCUGUGAAGAAGAUUGGAAGUAUUAUUGGUAGGGGAGGGGAGAUUGUCAAGCAGUUGAGAGUGGACACUGCAUCAAAGAUUAGGAUUGGUGAGACGGUACCGGGAUGUGAGGAGCGCGUCGUUACCAUCUACAGUACCAGUGAUGAGACAAAUUCUUUGGAAGACAGUGGUAGUUAUGUUUCUCCAGCUCAGGAUGCUCUCUUCAGGGUACAUGAAAGGGUUGUUGCUGAGGAACCCCAUGGUGAUGAGGACAGUGAUGGUGGUCACCAAGUUACUGCUCGGCUCCUUGUACCAUCUGAUCAGAUUGGCUGUGUCAUUGGAAAAGGUGGACAGAUAGUGCAGAACAUCCGCAGCGAGUCUGGUGCUCAGAUUCGUAUUCUUAAGGAUGAACAUCUGCCUUCUUGUGCCCUGAACGCUGAUGAGCUUGUGCAGAUAUCAGGCGAAGCUCCUUUGGUUAAAAAAGCUCUGUAUCAAAUUGCAUCUCGCCUUCAUGAUAAUCCAUCACGUUCUCAGCAUUUACUUACUUCAGCCGUGCCUAAUGUGUAUUCUUCUGGCGGUUCACUUGUGGGUCCAGCUGCUGGUGCCCCAAUAGUGGGAAUUGCACCCCUCAUGGGUCCUUACGGAGGUUACAAAGGUGAUGCUGGAGAUUGGUCACGCCCUUUGUACUCUGCGCCAAGGGAUGAAGCAUCUUCAAAAGAAUUCUCUGUUCGCUUGGUUUGUCCAACAGGAAAUAUUGGAGGUGUGAUUGGAAAGGGUGGUGUCAUAAUUAAUCAGAUCAGACAGGAUUCGGGUGCAGUAAUUAAAGUUGAUAGUUCCACUACUGAAGGAGAUGAUUGUUUGAUUACUGUUUCAGCAAAGGAGUUCUUUGAGGAUACGUACUCUCCAACAAUAGAAGCAGCUGUGCGCUUGCAACCAAGAUGCAGUGAGAAAGUUGAAAGGGAUUCAGGGAUAAUCUCAUUUACAACUCGCUUACUUGUGCCCACAUCCCGAAUUGGCUGUCUCAUUGGUAAAGGAGGAGCAAUCAUAACGGAGAUGAGGAGGCUUACAAAAGCUAAUAUACGUAUAUUAUCAAAGGAUAACCUUCCAAAAAUUGCAUCUGAAGACGAUGAAAUGGUGCAGAUUGCUGGAGACCUUGAUGUUGCCAAAGAUGCUCUUAUACAAGUAGUUACUCGUUUGAGAGCAAACCUUUUUGAUAGGGAGGGUGCAUUGUCUACUUUUCUUCCAGUCCUGCCAUAUCUUCCUGUUUCAGCAGAUGGUUCGGAUGGUGUAAAUUAUGAAAGUAGAGAUGGUAAAAGACAUGGGCGUGGGCAUUCUUAUUCUAGUGGUUAUGGUGGCUCAAGUGAUUUGGGUGCUAAUGACAACUAUGGAAGCUAUGGUGGUUCACAGAUUGGUGGUAGUGGUGGUGCUUAUGGCACUUAUGGAAAUUAUUCUUCAGGGCGAACUAGCAGUUCUGGGUUGUCAAGCCAGAACCCUGUUUCUCGGCGGAGAAACUAUGGUUACUAAAAUUUGAUGAGGUUUACCUGCAGCUGUGAUCCAUGAAGCCUGAAGCCAGCCUACUGCCUAAACCGGAAGACCAGAUGAACCAGCGUUUGACAUACUCAUGGCCCACCUUGACGCUUCUACUAAAAGGACCAAAUAUAUGUGGAGAUCUUGUUCACUUUUAAAAUUUGCCAUGUCCAUGAAACCAAAUUUACCAAGCUUAGUGUCUUGUUUUCCCUAAAACCUAUAUAGCCGGAACGCCUUUAGUCCGCUUUUUUUCCUGUUGACUUUUUCUUUAAGAUUGCAAAACCUUGUUGCUUCCAUCCUCCUGCAGUUGUAUUAAGUUCCAUUUUAUUUUCUACUCUCAGAAAUGUAGUCUUAAUCUGUUGUGGUUUUAUUAUAUAUGGAGAUGAUUGUGCAAA